AUGAUGUAUCCCUUCUACUGGAGUACUACUCCACAGCAAAACCCAUUCUCUUCUCUGUUCCCCCCCGUCCUUUAAAACGUUUUUCUUUCACUCCUAUUUCCCCUCAUUCCUUCUCUAUGAAGUAAAAAACCUUCAAAUGUUCCCAGAGAAAAAUCUAUACUUUCUCUGCAGAGCGUAUUAAACCAAUUUGAUCUCAGCUCAUUGUUCCCCCCAAAAAAACUCUCUUUUGCAUCUUGUUCGGGUGGAAAACCCAGUAGUUUUCUUGCAUUUUCUUACCUUUUCUCUGUUUUUCUCAUCUGGUUUUUCACUUAAAAAUGAGUCCACAACACUUUGACAGCAAUGGUGGCGAUGGUUUCAACGGAUUCAAACCCAUGGGUCAAAUCUCUCUCUCCAUGAACUUUUGCGGAGAGAUAAAGGGUCCUCACGAAAUGGGUCAUCAGUUUCCGAAUGCUCCACUAAUGGAGCAGAACAAGAAACCAUGGAGGUUUCACACAGCAGGGGAAAACAGGGGAGGAGAGUGGAGAGAGGAGGAGGAGAGAGAAAGGGAAAGGGAAAGGGAAAGGGGAUUCGGAGGUGAGAGAAGAGGGGUUGGGGUUGUCAGUUUGGAGCUGAAUGGUGAGGGCAGUGAAGAGGUGGGUCUGGGUGAGAAGAGAUUCGGACAUAGUAAGCUGUGUUCAAGAGGGCAUUGGAGGCCUCAUGAAGAUGCUAAGCUCAAAGAUCUUGUCGCCCAGUUUGGUCCCCAGAACUGGAACUUGAUUGCCGAGAAACUUGAUGGAAGAUCAGGAAAAAGUUGCAGAUUGAGAUGGUUCAACCAGCUGGAUCCAAGGAUAAACAAGAGGGCAUUCAGCGAGGAAGAAGAGGAGAGGCUGUUAUCGGCCCACAAGCUGUACGGGAACAAAUGGGCAAUGAUCUCGAGGCUUUUCCCGGGCAGAACCGAUAACGCGGUGAAGAACCACUGGCACGUGAUCAUGGCCAGGAGGCACAGAGAUCAUCACCACAGCGGUGGGAUUUACAGGAGGAGAAAGACUCUGCCGUCUUGUUCUUUCUCUCCUCCUCUGGGAUUUUCCAAAGGAUUUGUCGUGCCUGAUUACAAUGCAGCUAGUGAAUCGACCGUCUCGACGGUUGACGAAUCUGCAUCGACUUGCACUGAUCUCUCUCUCACUCCUUCAGCCAGAGUGCCGCUUGUUUGUCUCUCUAGAUUUAGUCCUGUUCACCGGCUUCGCCGCACCUAUGGGCUGGAUAUGGGAGCAUCAGGAGAGGAAAAGGCAUUGAAAACGGUGAAUGUGGGACUUGACCAAUUUUGUGAUGUUGGUAGCGUCAAGUACUAUGAUGCUGCUGGUGCUGUGACAAAGGGUAUGGAUGUGGACAACUCAGGCAACUCAGAUUCGAACUCAGAAGUCUCAGCAUCUGAGUCAGUUGGCAAUGGCAAAAUUAAUUUCAUGGCCAAUGCGAAGAACAACAACAACAACAAACUCCCCUUCAUUGAUUUCCUCGGAGUAGGUGCCACUUAAACGCACAGUGGAUUUUGGGGGUCCUAAAAUAACUUCUCACUCUGGUGAGAGAGGGAGAGAGGGGUUUCUGCAUUUGAGUCUGGGGAAAGCUGGGAAAGUUGGUUUUUUUGGCAGAGGGAGGUCACUUCUACAAGUCUUUCAUAUGUUGUGUACAGUUUAGUUCCAUUUAAGGGCAGUAAAGGAGUAGUAAAAGAGAGGAGCAAGAAAGCGUAAAAAGAAUAGUGAGAGAGAGAGAGUUAUGAUGAGGUUGUUGUGGAAGUGACCUGUUUUGGACUGGUUUUUGAAAAAUUUCACUGUUUGUUAUGCUUAUGUUAUGUGUUUGCAGGCAGGGGAGACGAGACAAAAAGUAAAGUACUCUCUCAGAACUGACUUAUUAAUCAAUGAAAAUCUGGCCCAUCUUUAUUGCA